AUGGAGCGGAUUAUCCUCUUGUGCCUGGUUUCCACCUGUCUCUCUACCAUACAUGCUCAGAAAUAUUUCUUUAGCCCAAAAUGGGGUCCCAUUGGCUAUAAAGAACGUAAAGAGCAGGACAGGACAGCGAUGGAUGAAAUCAUCAAAGCAAAUGAGUUCCAAGCUUCCCGGAUCAUAGAUGGCACUACCAGUCUCAGAGAGGGAGACAUUGCUGUUUCUGCUGGUAGACGCUCCAAAGUCUGCUUUGCCCGUAGCUGCCUCUGGUCUAAGUCAGUGGAUGGACAUGUCUAUAUUGCAUAUAAGCUCUCACCUGAAUACACUGAAAUGGAGACAAAGAUGAUAAAGAAAGGGAUGGAAAGCGUAGAGAAAGGUACCUGUGUGCGGUUUGUUCCACGGACUCACCAGCGAGACUACAUCGACAUCCAGCCAAAGUCUGGGUGUUGGUCCUACCUUGGUGCGCGUGGUGGAAAACAGACCGUGUCUCUCCAGAGCCCUGGCUGCAUCCAGGUUGGAGUGAUCACCCAUGAAUUCAUGCACUCCCUGGGCUUUGUGCACGAGCAGUCUCGCUUUGACCGGGACAACUAUGUCACCAUCAUGUGGCCAAACAUUUGGAGGGAUCGUUUGAGGAACUUUGAAAAAUUCAAGACUGACAAUCUGGACCUGCCAUAUGACUACGGCUCCAUAAUGCACUUUGGGAUGUAUGCCUACUCUCAGGAUGGGGAGCCAACCAUCAUUCCCAAGAACAGCCUGAAGAGCAAGGACAUAAAGCUGGGCCAGGCAUCGUCUCUCAGUCACAUUGACAAGAUGAAAAUCAACAAGCUUUAUAAAUGCGGUGGCAAGGAUGAUUACUAACCAAACUGA